GGAGCGUGGCGGCGCUCCGCCCUCUCUCCCAAGAUGGAGCUUUCCCUCCGCCUCCCUCCUCCCGUCAUGCCCUGCGGCGGCCGGAAGCGGCAGAGGGGUCAGCGCGCGGGGGCCGUACCGGAGACCCGGGAUCUGCACCGGCCUCGGCGGCGGAGGGCCUGAGGCGGACGUGGAUGGCGGAGUCCGCGGCGCAGCCACCGGGGGGCCCCCCGAGCCGGCACGAGAAGAGCCUGGGGCUGCUCACGACCAAGUUCGUGUCUUUGCUGCAGGAGGCCAAGGACGGCGUGCUCGACCUCAAGCUGGCAGCAGAUACCUUGGCAGUGCGGCAGAAGAGGCGCAUUUAUGACAUCACAAAUGUCCUUGAGGGCAUAGGGCUGAUUGAGAAGAAGUCCAAGAACAGCAUACAGUGGAAAGGAGUAGGUCCUGGCUGCAACACCCGUGAAAUUGCCCACAAGCUGAUAGAGCUGAAGGCAGAGAUUGAGGACCUGGAGCAGCGGGAACGGGAGCUGGAGCAGCAGAAGAUGUGGGUGCAGCAAAGCAUCAAAAAUGUGACGGACGAUGUACAAAACAGCCGGUUAGCCUAUGUGACUGACGAGGACCUCUGCAAAUGCUUUCCAGGUGACACACUGCUAGCCAUCCGAGCCCCAUCGGGUACUCAGUUAGAGGUUCCUGUCCCUGAGGGCUUGAAUGGUCAGAAGAAAUACCAGAUCCACCUGAAAAGUACAAGCGGUCCAAUUGAUGUCCUACUUGUAAAUAAAGACGCCUGGAGCUCUCCUCCAGUGGUACUACCUGUCCCUCCCCCGGAAGACCUCAUUCAGUGUCAGCCGGUCACACUCCCUAAGGCACAGAGACCACCUGUUGCCCACUUCCAAGAAGCAUCUCUUCCCAGUGGUACCCACCCUUCUGCACCUGUUCCCAACAGCACACAGGACCAGGUCUCUGCUGUGCAGAAAGCAGCCAGCGCCACAGAUAGUGGCGUCUCAACGGCAGAAUCGAGAAGCAGCGGGGAGCUGGACCAACUUGACCCCUCGACAGCUCCAGCCAGCCCACCUGCCGGGCUGGACACGCAGCCCCUCCAAUCCUCAGCCUUGCUGGACAGCAGCUCCAUCCUGCCCAGUCCUUCCACCUCCUUUGAGCCAAUCAAGCCAGACCCCACAGAAAUACCGGAACUUCCCAAGGAGCUUUCGGAGAUGUUUGAUCCAACAAGAGAAUGCAUGAAUUCUGAGCUGCUCGAAGAACUAAUGUCAUCUGAUGUAUUUGCUCCUUUGCUCCGUCUCUCCCCGCCUCCUGGUGACCACGACUACAUCUACAACCUGGAUGAGAGCGAAGGGGUGUGCGACCUUUUCGAUGUGCCUAUCCUCAACCUCUGACUCCUGGCAUAUUGGAUGGACUUUAGGAUACGUGUUUUUUUAAAAAACAAACAAACAAACCAGUCUUUGGAAAAACCUGGUGGUUUAUUGGAUUCCUUUUCUGCUAUAGUGCUUGAGUGACACACUUGGCUGCUCUGGUCUUGACUGAAGAUCAACAGGGAUGGACUUGCGGACCAAGCAGCAGUAGCAAGAGCAGCAGCUCCCUUUCCUGGCUUCUUUUCUUCCUUUCCUGUGUUGCACAAGGCAGUCCCCUGGUUUCCCUCUUGCUCCAUUUUUGGCUGUCCUUUCACUAGAUUUGAGGCCUCCUUCCCAGCGGCCUGCGGUCAAUUCUUCCUGAACAGCAGAAGAGCUUCCUUGGGUCUGCAAGCGUGGCUUGGCUUCCCUACACUCCUGGUGGCACUUUCUGGAAAGAGUAGGAGGGCUGAACAACAGGGGCAGGGAAGGUUCAUGCCAUCUUGUCUUUAUAGCUUGUCUCUAUGUAUUCAGAGAUGCUCAUUUCCUUUUCUCUCUCUGGCAACUACACACUUUGACACAAGGAAUGAGAGAGGGGGAAGGGACGCUUCGUCAACCCUGCCUUGGAUUCAUUUUAUGUAUGGAAGGUGCUCAGAAGCUUCUCCCCAGGUUUCAGCCGCUUCUGUUUCACUUUGAGAGAGCGACGAUCACCCAGGUGUCUUGCAAGCCGAAACAUGUCCAGUUCUCCUCCUUUAGCCGUGUAGAGGUGCCAGUUUUGCACAGUCACUUUUCCUCCAAAGAGUCAGAAUGGAGAAACAAAUUGCCCCCUCACCAACAGCCGAGUUGUUUAGGGAUGGGGAAGCUUGGCUGGGAUUGCCUGCAAUGCAAGGCGCUGAGCUCGAUAGUGAGAGCCCAAGAAGGAGGGGCUUGGAUUGAGUGAAGGGGCCAAGUCUGGGUGAUUUAUUUCAAUAUCCUCAGUCAAUGCUGAAGGUGGGUUUAUUUUGAGUGCAUCCGAACUACUCCACCAUUCCCUUUCCAAAUUGCUGGCUUCAUUUGGAUGCCAGUCCAUGCAGCUUACCUUCUCUCCUGGAGUCUGUAUGUGACACAUCUUCUCUACCUUCCAACACUGAGUAUUGCUCACCUCCCCCCCCCCCCCCCCGUGAGGAUCUGGGUUGGUGAACCUCCUCCUAUGACUCCUUUGCACUUCUCGAUCUCUUUCCUGUAACUGCAGUGUUGCUCUCCAGUCUGCAGUUGUGCUUUUACCAGAUGCCAGCCCCUAACUCGCGCUCCCUGGCCCCUAACCUUUGCACAGUUCUUGGCCGCAGGCACUGAAUAUGAAGGUGGUGCUGCCUUGCACCCUAACCUUAAAAACUGCUGCUUGGGUGAAGAGUUUGAUUUCAGUGGGAUUUAGACUUGCAGCCCUAAGCACACUCACCACUAUGCCACCCAUAUUAAAUCAGGGAAUGUUUGUGUUGUCAUGUGGUAGCUUUUGGCCAGUAAGAGCUAGUUUAAGCUGGCUGCCCUGUCCUUCCUAAGAGUGGCCACAAGGGUCUAAGUGGUGCAGCCAAUAGUUCCCUCUGUAUGGAAUAUACAGUCCUACAAUUCCUUGGCACCCUUUCCAGAGUGGGAACUUGUUAAUACGCUGCUUCCAGAUGCUUAGUGUUUAGAGAAGCCUCUGGUGUCCUAUUUAGCAGGGAUGGGCAAUGUGGUGUCCUCCAGAUGUUGUACUCCAACUCCCAUCAGGUCAGUGGUCAGGGAGCUUUGGGAGCUGUAGUCUAGCCACAUCUGGAGGGCUACCCAUGUGCUUAGGCACCUGUGAGGACACCUUCCUGGCCUGCAUGUCUCUGUUUCCAGAGCGGUUCCUGCAUUGCACAGAUGCUCUAGGAAGCCCAGAGGGAUGUCACAUUUCUUCCUCCCCAAUAGGCUGACGGGCUUCUCAGUGUCUUUGGGAGGGAUCUGUUUAGCAGCUGAACCGUCACUUCCCUUUGCUACGAAUUUCUUGCCUUCUCUUUAGAUGACGUCCUGGAAAAGAUACCUAAAUGAAAUAUACAACGGGAAGGGGGGUGGAAAUGAACUUUGAUUCAUAUAUAAAGAUUAUUUUUAUACUUUUUGCAGCAAGAGACUUGCCUGUAAUAUUUGUACAGUUUUUGUUUUGUUUUUCGAGUGAAUAAACAAAACCUUUCCAAAGCUGUCUCCUGUCAGCAUGUUGGAACAAGCAAUUUCAUGUCCUCUGCAGCCUGGCUGAUGCUGUGAGGCAAUCAUAUUGCAAAGCAGAGUUUAAAGAGAGUCUAGUGCUCACUGGAAGGACAGAUCGUGAAGAUGAGUGAGGCUCCAAUACUUUGGCCACCUCAUGAGAAGAGAAGAAUCCUUGGAAAAGACCUUGAUGUUGGGAAAGAUGGAGGGCACUAGGAGAAGGGGACGACAGAGGACGAGAUGGUUGGACAGUGUUCUCGAAGCUACGAAUAUAAGUUUGACCAAACUGCGGGAGGCAGUGCAAGACAGGAGUGCCUGGCGUGCUCUGGUCCAUGGGGUCACGAAGAGUCGGACACGACUAAACAACAAUGCUAAUAAAGGAUUUCCAUUGCAGGGAGUGUUCGGAAAAGAAGCAACAAUGGCCUCUUUUGGUUUCUUUUUCAGAUAGCCUCCUCCAGUCUCAAAUUACGGUAGGCUGUAAAUCAGGUAUGGCUAAUAUUUGCCCCUCCAGAUGUUGGUUUACACCUCCCAUCAACCCUGGUCAUCAGCCAUGCUCUCUGGAGCUCAUGAGAGGUGAAGCCCAUUAGCAUCUGAGGGCACCAUGCUGGCCCUGGCUGCAUCUGUCAGUCUCGGGAGUCAAACUGCUGGAAGGUCGCAGUGCCUUCUGUGGCUGUAGAGACUGAUACAGGAGAGAUGUUUGGUUGCAGCUGGGGCAGAUGAAAGCGUCUGGUUGUGCUGCUGCAGCAGAUGCACUAUGGCAGGAGUCAGCAACCUUUUUCAGCCGUGGGCCGGUCCACCGUCCCUCAGACCAUGCGGUGGGCCAGACUAUAUUUUGAAGGGGAAAAAUGAACGAAUUCCUAUGCCCCACAAAUAACCCAGAGAUGCAUUUUAAAUAAAAGGACACAUUCUACUCAUGUAAAAACACGCUGAUUCCCGGACUGUCCACGGGCCGGAUUGAGAAGGCGAUUGGGCCGCAUCUGGCCUGAGGUUUUGGGACCCCUGCACUAUGGCGUUUCUUCUCUCUGCUCUCCUCCCAGCAGCCAUUCUUCCUCUGGUCACUGCUAUGAAUGCACAACCUAACUGAUGGUCUCCAGGUGCUGCGGUUGCCUGCAGCCUGGGCC